AUGGCGUCGAGCUCGCGGAACAAGACGCCCGACCUCCCGACGCCGGAGCCCGACUCACCCGCGCUGAGCCUGAAGCGGCAGCCGUACCGAUUCUCGACGCUCUGCGCGACCGUGGACUCACCCGACGCAGACCACAAGGACCAGCACGGGAGCUCGAGUGUCCCAAUCUACCAGACCGCGACGUUCAAGGGGAUCGGCAAGGCAUACGACUACACCAGGUCCGGGAACCCGACCCGGUCCCAUCUCGAACACCACAUCGCGAAGAUCUCGUCCGCGCAGCAUGCGUUCUCGGUCUCGAGCGGCAUGGCCGCGCUCGACGUGAUCACCCGGCUGCUCAAGCCUGGAGUGGAGGUCAUCGCCGGGGACGACCUCUACGGAGGCACGAACCGGCUGCUCACCUACCUGCGCACGCACAUGGGCGUCACCGUCCACCACGUCGACACGACUCGCGCGGACUCGGUGACCGAGUUUCUGCACCCGGGCAAGACGGCGAUGGUGCUGCUCGAGUCGCCGACGAACCCGAUGCUGAAGGUGGUCGACAUCGCGCGGAUCAGCGCGCUCGUCAAGGAAACGUGCGAGGACGCGCUCGUCGUCGUUGACAACACGAUGAUGAGCCCGUACUGGCAGCGCCCGCUCGAGCACGGAGCGGACAUCGUGUACGACAGCGCGACAAAGUACUUGAGUGGACAUCACGACCUCAUGGCUGGGGUGAUCACCUGCAACAGGGAUGAUAUCGCAAAGGACAUGGCCUUUAUUAUCAACUCUGUCGGAAACGCGCUGUCGCCUUUCGACUCCUUCCUGCUCCUCCGCGGGACCAAGACUCUCGCCAUCCGUCUCGACCGUCAGCAGUCUACGGCCAUGCUCGUCGCUCAGAUGCUCACCAAGCUCGGCUUCGUCACCCACUACCCCGGUCUUCCCAACCAUCCGAACAAGGACGUCCACGACCGCAUAUCUAAUGGUUAUGGUGCUGUACUGUCCUUCGAGACUGGGGACAAGGAGCUCAGCGAGCGCAUCGUCGGUGCCACCCGUCUCUGGGGCAUCAGCGUGAGUUUUGGUUGCGUUAACAGUCUCAUCAGCAUGCCUUGCGUCAUGUCGCACGCUUCGAUCGACCCUGCCACCCGUGCAGAGCGGGGUCUCCCCGAGGAUUUGAUCCGCCUCUGUGUCGGAAUCGAAGACCCUGCGGAUCUGCUCGACGAUCUCCGUCACGCGUUGAUGGAGGCCGGCUCGAUCGCCUUUGCGGCGAACGACUACAUCCGCAUCCCGAACCCCAUCAGCCGCGCCGUCGAAAAGCUCGCGCUGAACGAGUCGCACGCUGCGCGUCAGCGCGCGAACCGCGAGUGGUUCGUCAGCGCCCCGGGCAAAGUUAUCUUGUUCGGCGAGCACGCGGUCGUUCACGGCGUGACUGCCGUAGCAGCUUCUGUGGACCUCCGGUGCUUCGGCCUGACCUCCCCGCGGUACGACCGCAAGGUGUCUGUCCAUUUCUCGGACAUCAGCGACUAUAAGGCCGAAUGGGACGUCGACAGUCUUCCGUGGGACGCUUUGGUGUCCAUUCCGAAGGGUGACAGCCAUCCUGACGUACUGGACCAACGACUGGUCGACGCGAUAAACUCUCGAGUGCUUCCUGCGGACUGCGACAUGCCACCCAAGGCUCACAACGCCGCUCUCGCCUUCCUCUACCUGUAUAUGACCAUGUCCUACGGCGAGUACAGGCCGACUUUCCACUUCAUUUGUCGCUCCACCCUCCCCAUCGGCGCUGGUCUCGGCUCUUCCGCGUCCUUCUCUGUCUGCAUUGCGACUGCCCUCAUCAUCCUCCAUGGCCGCAUUGAGCUCCCUGUUGUACCUCCUCCCACUCGCGAAGGCGGUCCUGGAGAACCCGGCCACGUCCAUAUCUCACACGGUGGUCAACGCGCCAUUCCCCCAGACGUCGCUGUCGAGACGAACAAGUGGGCGUUCAUCGCGGAGAAGGUCCUGCAUGGGAACCCCUCCGGGGUCGAUAACUCGGUCGCUGUCUUCGGUGGGGCUCUCGCGUACGUGCGGCCCGGGUUCGGAAAGCGCAGCGGGAUGGAUCAGAUCCAGGGCUUCAAAUCACUGAAGUUCUUGCUUGUGGACUCGAAGGUCCCAAGAGAUACGAAGGCGCUCGUUGCCGGGGUCUCGAGGAUGAAGGCUGAGCAGCCGGAGGUUGUGCAAAAGCUACUAGACCAGAUCCAAGCCAUUAGCAACGAGGCGCGGCGUGCGCUUGCAGAUCCUAACGUGCCGCGCGAUGUGCUCCUGUCUGGUCUCUCGGCUCUGAUUGACGAGAACCAUGCCCACCUCGUCUCGCUCGGUGUUUCGCACCCGUCACUCGAAGCGAUCCGUGCCGCAACCGCUGCCGCGCCGUUCGGUCUGAGCACUAAGCUCACUGGUGCUGGCGGCGGAGGUUGCGCUGUCACCCUCGUGCCAGACGAGUUCCAAGCCGCAAGCCUAGUUUCGCUCAUCUCUGCUCUUGAGGCGCAGGACUUCCGGCCAUACAUCACUGCCGUUGGCGGCUCCGGCCUCGGCAUCCUAUCCCCCUACGACCCGAUCAACUUCGACGACGAUGGCGAGACAGAUGCUAGCCCGCCGUUGUCGCCGCCGAUGACACCCGGGACGAACAGGGAGGACGGCGCCCUGCCACGCUCGAUCCGCGCGCGGUUCGAGAACGUCGGCACGGAGGAGCUCUCCCAGUGGGCCACGGGACGGGGCAAGUGGCUGUACGUGUGA